AUGGUGAUGUUCUUCAAGGAACGGCUUGUCGAACCGAACCCCGCACAAGCAACAGAGACUAAGCGCUACGUUAAGAAGGCGCAUCCGCUCUCGGGUCACGAGCUGUCGCUCCUCAUGAACUCGUUCGGCGACCUGAAUCCACUUGUCGGAGCUAUGUUUCGCGUUUUGUUCUCCAUGUGCUAUCUGCGAUGCUUUCGAAUCAGCGAGGUCCUUGCUCUACGCUGGUCCGACUCAGUCGGAGCCUGGCGUCCAUGUGUCAGUGCGUUUACGGUGGCACAAGAAGGCCAGCGUUGA